UAAUUGUAUUUGAUAAUCGUGGAAUUGGAGAGUCAACAAUUGCUUCUUAUGAUGAUCCUAUCACAAUUGAAUUAAUGGCACAAGAUACAAUUGAAUUAAUUAGACAUCUUGAAAUUGAAAGGUUUAAUUUAUUUGGACUGUCUAUGGGUAAUAUAGCACUCUGUACUGCCUCAAAGAUUCCGUUGGAUCUUAAACUGGAGAAAUUAAUUAUUUGCUCAGGUUUUGCUCGUUUUAAUGUAGAUUUAAAGUUCUCCAAGCAAUUUGAACAACAGUAUAAAUUACCAAAAAUGGAUUAUCCUAAAACUAUUCAAGAGCAAAAGCUUACGCUUCUUGAUCGUGAAAAGAAUUUAGCUGAUUAUCUGCUUGAACAUCCUGAUAAAUUUGAUAAAAUUUCGGAGAUUAUUCUUAAAACCAAUGUUAACCGUCCAUUUGAAAUUUUCAAACGUCAAUGGGAAGCAAUCAAACAGUCUGACUUGGUUUCAAGGAUAAAAGAAAUUAAAGUUCCGACGUUGAUAAUUCAUGGCGAAGUUGACGAAAUUGUUCCUAUUGAAGAAGCGGAAUUACUUAGUCAUGAAAUUCCCAACACCAAAUUUUGUAGAAUUCCUAAAGUUGGACAUAGGUAA